AACGUGAUGUAGAACACAAGAAGUGGGUAUUUGAAAGCGUGUCUUAGGCAAGUACAAAUGCAUACCAUAAAUGCUACGCUUCUGUGGGCCCUGCAAGCCUCUGGGGAUUUUUUUUCAUGGAUAGUGGUACUUCAUGUUCCUCCCAGUCUUACGCCCGAUCACCAGAACCUUUUAUUCCCACAAAGAAAAUAGUCCAGUCAUGCGUAAAUCAAAUUUGCUUGUAAAUAUUUUAAAAUGAUCAGGCAAAUUAAUUUAUCAGUCAUUUAAAUUAGUUAUCAUUAAGUUGUUGACUUGAAUGCUGAAUAACCUUUUCUGCCCUGAAGGCUGAAAGCCGGGGAAGUACUCAUAAUGUGUAGUUAAAGGCUUUCGAAAUGUGAUCUUAUUUUCUCUUUUAUUUUACUCUGAGUUGGCUGAUGUUUAUUUGUCUCAAGACAAAAUUAGGUGAAUAUUCAAUAUCCUUUGAGUGGUGAAAGUAAUUUGAGAUAUGUGUGUACUUGAAACAAUUAUUCCAUAGGUAAAGAUUGCACAGAACUACAUCGUACAUGUACCUACGCUGAACGAACAUUUCUAUGAGGAGAAACAAUCGGACUGAAACUGAAAUGGUCGUAUUUGUUACACUGGAGAGUCAGUUUUGAAUUAAAUUCAUGUUCUGUAGGACAUCAAAACCUUGCACAAAGAAGAGAUUGUAAUGCUAUGGCCCUAUGCACUCAGGUCAUCAGAAAUGCUGUUCACAUAAGCCCACCGAAUCCUUUGUGUGGAGGGAGCCAGACAAUGCCCGGCCCGCUGACUGGAUGUGUACUAGACUUAUGCAGGGCCCGCUGUGAGUGUGUGUCUGUGGGAAAUUCCCAUUCAGGGCAGUCUUGGCGUUGUACUGUGGGUGCAUGCUCAGUGCCAAUGCACUGGUGGUUUUUACACAUGUUCACAGUGCUGCACAGGACCUGAGUUCUCAGAAAAUGCUGAAUUAUAUAUGCUCACAGGCCAUUCUGUACGGUGUAACUCUUUCAGGAGUGGAGUUUGGACUGUCAGGGUUGUCCGAUCAGGUGAUGUUAGUAAGGUGAAUAACAUGUUCCAGUCGCUUCAGAUAGGCAACGAUGGAAGAGAGUUCGAUGUUUCCACCAAGAAAUUCUGGGAUAAUGAUGAAAGCAAGGGGGAUAUGUUCCUGAACCAGUGGCCAGUUCCUGGAAGUCAAACAUGGGGUGUGCCUACAUCAGACCAUGCCGUGUCACAGCCUAUCAUGGUGCAGCGUCGCCUAUCACCAGCCACCUUUCAGGGGCAGGAGAACACUGUUUUGUCCCCACGGUCGGACUCUGGCGGCUUGGGAUUGAGCAUGGCUGAAUAUGUCUUGGCAACGUCGCCACAGGGAAAGGCUGACAUGGAAGGCAAGCUCAACCACCGCUUGAAGACAGGAUUUCCUGGUCCUGGGCCCGCUGGUGAUGCAGAUACGGCAAACAAGAAUGGAACCAAGAAAAGCAAAACGCCUUCUCCGUUUGAAGAAGGCGAAGAGAAGAAAGCGGAGAAUAACGGCAUACCACACAAGGAAGACGAUGGCCCGUACAUGCGCAACCCGGGUAGCCGCAACGCCUCCCCAACCGAGAAUGAAGAUCCCCGCCUGCAGCACGCUCAUCAGAACCCCAGCAUGGCGCCCGACCCCUCCCAUCACCAGCAGCCACCCCAGCAGCAGCAGCAACAGCAGCACAGGACGAUGUACCAACAGCGUAGUCAACAGGCCGCUGCCCACCACGGGUUGACUCAGCAGGAGGUGGCAUACAUUGAGCAGCAACAGCAGCAGCAGCAACAGCAGGUACCUGGCCAGCUUCAGAUUGACACCGGUCAGAUGGACUCGGGCAGUAACAUGAGUGACCAGCUACAGUUUGACUACUCAGCUCAGCAGAUGGUCCCUAGUAUGGACAGUCCUAGUUACGUAGACUACUCCCAGGGGCAGCCUGGAUCUGUACAGAUGUUCCAGCAGCGGCAAGCGACACCGCAGGCGAUCACUGUGCAGCAGUUAACACCACAACAGCAGCAGUAUGCCAUUGCUGCGGCGGCUCAGCAGCAACAACUUGGUCUAGCACAGACUGCGUUUGCUCCCAACCCGUACAUCAUUACCGGGGGUCCCAACGGCCAGGAUCCAUACUCUGUUGCCAUCCCAGGUGGUGCAACGGUCGUGCAGCCUCAGUAUGCUUACGGCGUCGCCCCAUGGAGCGUGUAUCCAGUUGGUAUUAUUCAGCAGCAACAGGGACAGCAGCAGCAAGGUCAGCAGCAACAGCCUCAACAGCAACAGCAGCAGGUACGUGGACAAAAUGGCCGCCCAAUGACUCCACAACAACAACAACAACAACAGCAGCAGCAGCAGCAGCAACAACAGCAACAACCACCACAAGGGGACCAAGCUGGUAACCAGGCUACUAGCAAUCAAGCUGCCGCCAUGGCACAGGCACAAGCGCAGGCCUUGCAAGCUGGAUACCAGGUGCUUGCCCCAGCCUACUAUGACCAAACUGGUGCCCUGAUCAUCAACCCCAGGCCGGGGACAGUCGGUGCCCCUAUGCGGCUUGUACCCCCAGCGCAGGUCAUUGUCAGUGCUCCACAGCAAGCGUCUGUAAUGAACGGCCUGCCAGCCAACGGUUUUCGUCUGAUGGGCAACCAGCAGCAGGGCCAGCAACAGGGCCCGGCGGCGUUGUCCAUGUACGGCAGCAAUGCUAUGGCGUCCAACGCCCCCCAGAACAGCGCCGGCAGCCUGGGCACGUACACUCCCACCAGCUCUGUCUUUAGCAAUGGCAGUAUUGGGGCCGUAGGGUCAUCGGUUGGGGCCAUUGGAACCAGUUUGGGUUCUUCAGGACCGGAUUCUCCCACAGCUCGGCGCGAUUCCCUGACUGGCAGUGACUACAAGCGGCAGGGCCUGUCCAUGAGUCAGUUCUACGGAAGCUCACCCCAGCUGGGACCCAUUGGAAUGCCGUCCGCCGGAGGCUCACUGACCCCACCGCCAUCACAGAGUGGGCUGGGUGGACUUGGCCUCGAUAACCUGUUGACUGCACCGAGUUCCUCGUGGGACCGGACAUUGCAGAAGAGGGACUGGGGCGCCGGUCGGGCCGUCAACCCCGCGGCACCAUUCGGGUCAGAGGUGAAAUUCCGUAGUGGAGCAGCCACCACCUCCAGCGGUUGGUCCAACACCCUCUUCCCGCCUCGCAGCCUCCGCAGCUCAGCCUACAUGGAGAAGAGCGCCCCAGGCCGCAGUCGGCUGCUGGAAGACUUUCGCAACAACCGCUUCCCCAACCUGCAGCUGAGGGACCUGUCGGGCCACAUCGUGGAGUUCUCCCAGGACCAGCACGGAUCCAGGUUCAUUCAGCAGAAACUGGAAAGAGCAACUUCAUCCGAGAGACAAAUGGUGUUCAGUGAGAUCCUUGGAGCAGCCUACAGCCUCAUGACGGACGUCUUCGGUAACUAUGUCAUCCAGAAAUUCUUUGAGUUUGGCACAACUGAACAGAAGCAGGCGUUGGCCCAGCGCAUCCGGGGACACGUCCUGCCACUGGCGCUGCAGAUGUAUGGAUGUCGUGUCAUCCAGAAGGCCUUGGAAUCCAUCCCACCAGAGCUUCAGUUGGAGGUCGUUCAGGAGUUAGACGGCCAUGUCUUGAAGUGCGUCAAGGAUCAGAACGGCAACCAUGUUGUGCAGAAGUGCAUUGAGUGCGUGGACCCGGUGGGUCUGCAGUUCAUCGUCGAGGCCUUCCGGUCUCAGGUCUACUCCCUGUCCACUCACCCCUACGGCUGCCGUGUCAUCCAGCGCAUCCUGGAGCACUGCACAGUGGACCAGACGAAGCCAUUACUGGACGAGCUGCAUGAGCAUACGGAGUCGCUUGUACAGGAUCAGUAUGGAAAUUAUGUAAUACAGCAUGUCUUGGAACAUGGUCGCCCAGAGGAUAAGAGCAAAAUCGUGGCAGAGUUGCGAGGGAAGGUUCUUGCUCUCAGCCAGCACAAAUUUGCCAGCAAUGUGGUUGAGAAGUGCGUGACACAUUCAUCUCGUCCAGAGAGGGCGCUACUGAUAGAUGAGGUCUGCUCCUUCAAUGUCAAUGAUGGUAGUAACAGUGCCUUGUACACCAUGAUGAAGGACCAGUAUGCCAACUACGUCGUCCAGAAGAUGAUCGACGUGGCUGAGCCUAACCAACGCAAGAUCCUGAUGCACAAGAUCCGGCCUCACGUGGGCACACUGAGAAAGUUCACUUACGGCAAGCACAUCCUCGCCAAGUUGGAGAAGUUCUUCAUGAAGAGCAGCAAUGACCUGGGACCCAUUGGAGGGCCCCCUAAUGGGAGCUUGUCUGUUUGAGUGAGUGCCUCCCACACUCAGGUGGCCUGCCUCAGUUUUGUUGAUGGUUGGAGAGUACUCAAAUUACGACCUUCAGGUCUUGGGUAAGUUGAGAAGGUAUGUAGGUAAUUCAGAGGUUGCCUGCUAGGUAAAUGAGUGCAUGUCUUGAUUUUUCCUGACUUUCUUGAAGAGGUCAUUUAUUUCUUGGAGCUAAUACUCUAUUUUACAGGACUUCUGCAAUUUCUGUCAUCAGUAAUUUUUUGUAAUUUGUGGAACACAAUAUUGUUGACAUUUAACUGUCUGAGUGAACGAUGUUUCAGUUGAAAAUGUAAGAAAAAAAAAAGAAAUUAAAAAAAUGGCAAAUGAUUCUAAAAGAUAACAAGUGGCACGCAAUGUUGAAGAAAUCAAGAAAGGUCGAUCUUCUAUAGGUCAGAGAUUGAGGAGGAAAAAAAAUUUCAAAGUGAGUUCAUUGUAUCUUUUUAAUUUUUUUUUUUAUGUUCAAUAUUACUACUUGUAAAAAUGGUUUUUAAUUCCUUUCCUGGUAAGGGAGAGCCCAUUGAGGUUUACAUUUGAUUCAUGGAAAAAAGGUGGAAGGAUCUGAGCAGUUAAAUUUGUUUGCGAUAUCAUUUGUAAGGUGAUGUUUGGUUUUCAGACUUGAAUUUUUAUUUCAUUUUUACUUACAAAUUUCAUAUUUGGCAGUAAUGCUUAGUAACCUGUAAGUAUAUGUAUUACUAAACAGACAAAGUGCCGGCUUUAUUUUUACCGGAUUUACUGUAGUUUGUGUGGAGUGUUUGAAUAUUAAAAAAAGAAAAAGCUCAGAUUUAUCAUUAUGCUUGCUUUGUAAGGAAUCACCCUUGUAGAAACUGUAGACAUAUAGAAUAUGUAUAGUAUAUGCAGUGUUUUGUGUAGAUAGUCAUGGACAUUUAGAGCCAUUUUUGGUGUCAGAAAAGAGCACUGGUAUAUUUUCGGAUGUUAGUCAGUGAAAUUGUAGAGACUGCUUUGUUGGUGGAGUGUGUUUUCAGGAAAAUGAACAACGGACAACAUGUCGUUGAGGAUUUUGUAAAGUGUCAGAACUUCCAUUGCUGGCAAAACAAGUGCUCCCUUCUUUACCGUGGCUCUAGAAAUACGUCCUAUUUCAGUAACUUUGGAACAGUAGGUCUUACGGUGGUGUAUGUAUUGGUAUCAAGCGUUGCAUAUAAUUCACAGUAGUUAUAAACUUUAGAAUAGUAUGCCUGAAGAUUCUAGUUUGGCUUACUUGUAAUUCUUGCUGUCUUUUCAAGCUGUUUUACUAGUCCCAAAAUUCCCUUUCCUUGAAAUGAAUUAUCCGAAAAAUCGGUCUCACAAAGCCAGUGAUUUGAAAAUAUUUAGUUUUGGAAUCAGGUUUUGCAAACAGUUGUCUUCUAUUUGAAUAGAAUUUUUUUGGCAUUUUUUUUUUCCCCCAAGCAUCUUCGCUCUGAACAUCAGGCAAAUUAGCUGUGUUUUUUUCCCAUAUGAAAUAGAUACAAAGCAAGUGGUCUUUAGGUGAAUUCAGUCUUCCAGUAUGUGCCUUGGUAUUAUACAGGACAGUGUAUCACGAAUUUUGCUUUCUGCCGUUUCACCCAAUUCGUCCGCACAGUUUUUGUCAGCAGUUUUUUUCUAAAGGAAAUAGGACCUCAUAACCCUGAACAGAUGAACUUUUAUGUGAUGUCUGAGAUAACAGGACUUAUGUCAGUUCCAUGUGUUAUGCAGUCGGCAGCAGUAAUGUGUCUUCGGAGCUAUUGGUUUGGACAGUAUUACUGAUCUGCUAGUCCCAUGCCUAGAAUAUGGGGGGGGUGUCAGUUGCCUUUAUGGCCACACCUAGGAAACCUUGGUAUGGAACUGAUGGUUAUUGGAUUGUCGGGUGCAAGACGAUGAGGCCACUGUAAAAGGGAUAAAAAUGGUGAACAUCUGAUUGAUUUAUUUUGAUCACUAAAAGAAACAAAAGGUGAAAUUGCAAUGGUUGCUCUUCUUGUUCAAGAGCUUUUUCCAAGACUGAAUCUUCAAAAGAACCAGCCCGAAUCUGAAAGGUUCUGGAUGCAAAAGCCACAAAGAACAGGUGAAUUCAUCUUCCGACGAGAAGGUGAAAGUUCUUGGCUGUUUUUUGAGGUAGAGUUGUCCAGGACAGCUGGAUCUUACGGGCUGCGGUUGUGUUAUAGAGCUGGACAUUAAAGGACGGGAUUGUCACUUGGCACUGUUCAAGCUUCACUUCACACUGAAACUCUGAGUUUGAUGUCGCAUUAAGCUGUUUGGAGCACAUAGAAACGGUGAUUCGAUCAUGAUCCAGAACAAGAAAAACAUGCAGCAGGCUCACUCGUAAUGUUGACCCCUGAAUUUCCCCCCGUACAUUUUUCUUCCACAGUUUUUAGUUUAAAGUGGACAAUUUUUAGGUUUAUUUAGGUUUAUUCACUGUAUUUUAAGUGUACAUUUGUAUGAUUUCUUCCUCGUUUUCUUUUUUGUAAAAAAAAAAAGCCUGACCCUGUUGCUGAUUUAACGUGUACAUCCUUACCUCUGGUUUUUGUAAAAUGCAUUUUUUUUGUUUCUUUUUAGGUUUGGGUGGAAAUGGAAAGAAAUCUUGCACUUAGAUUGUAUAUACUGAGCCUUCUAAAAUCAAAUGGGAAAAAAUAUCGUACUUUUAACCUGGAGGAUGAAUUGUCACAGUGUAUUAGGAAACUAUUGGGGUUACUUGUUCAAAAGAAGCGCAAACUAAGGUGUUUUAAGGCACACAACUACUUGAAGGUAAAAACAUGUCUAAAUUAUGUCAAAAACCAACAGGAAGAUAAGAACACCCACGCCUAUAUAGAAGUAGCAACAAUAAUCAUAUCAGCUUGGGGUUCCAAAAGCAAUUCCAUUUUUUUAAAAAAGAAAUUAGAAAAAUCUUUCACUUCAGAAGUUGUUUCCCUCGUGUUUAACACUGAGCCCUGAACACUGGUGCCAAGUGGAUCAGAGUGUGCUCUUGACUAGGCCGACAGUGGCAAUACCCGACUCUUUCUAGAUUUGCACAUUGCCACACUUAUCACUAAAUUGAAAUUCCCCCCCCCCAGUUUUUUGAGAUCGCUAUCGGUGUGCAAGACAUCUUGAUCUGCAAGACUUGCGUCGCCGUGACUGUGCCAGUAGUUAUCCCUUAAUGUCCCGGUUCCGGACCAUGUUUCAAUGUGUAUCUGUCCCAACAGAGAAUCAGGUGUUUAACUUUGUUAAAAUGGAAACCUUGUAUGUUGUUGUGUACUGUCCAUAAGCAGCAAGGCAUAACUGGUUCCAUUGGUGCUAAACAUUUGUUUAUAUAUUUAAAAAAAAAAAACUGGUUUUCCAGGUGACUAGCAAUCCACGCUUUCUGUGGGUACCUCUGUACAUUAUGUCGGCCAUUUUUUUGCAUUGGUUCGACCCUGUAAAUUACUGUACCAAAUGAAAGACGUCGGUGACCUAAGGACAGCAGUAUGUAGACCUGCCUAACGUCCUUGGCGUAUUGCUGGAGGUCCUAAGCAUGAUUUUAUCCUGAUCCUGUCGAGGUCAAAUUCUUAUCAUCCUUCCUACUAGCCGGUGUAUCAUAACCUUAUUCCAAGUCAUGCAUCUGUGUACUAGUGUAGAAUGGGGAACUCACGUUUCCUAACAAUUCUGCCAGGUUUUUUUUUUUCUUGCUAUGAAAGACUAUUUGACGGAGUUUUUGAGGAAAGUUUGAACCCAUCAGGCCCCAGUUUAAUAUUGUAAUUGCUGUGCUAGCCUUAAUGUGGAGAUAACCUUAAAUUGACAAGGGGGACUCAUUUACCUGAAUCCACAUUGUAAUCAUAAAGUGUUGGCUUCUGCUUCCGAAGUAUGCACCUCUAAUUACACGUCAGAGAGUAAAGACAUGCUGUCGAUACAUGAACCCCCCCCAUUUUUUUUUUAAAGUAAAAGAAACUCAAACCGAUCUUGAGAAACUGAUGAAUUUUCAUCACCACUGGCCUUUCUGUGAUGCUUUGAGUGAAAGGCAGUUUGUUGUGUACAGAAGACUACGUGGCCAAUUGGCCAAACCACAAAAGUGUGCAAAAAGUUGAAUGUUCGUUUGAACUUCUGAGAGCGAACGCCCGCAAUCACAGAUAUUUUUCAUGGGUCAAAUGAUAGAUAUAAUAGUUGCUUUCCAAGUGAAAUGUGUACAGUACCAUACCAGGUGUGAGUGAAUAUGCACCAGCAAAUGUACAAAAUGUUCCAUAGAUUUUGAACAAUUUUUUUGAAUGACAAUACCAGAAAAUACAUGUACAGUUUUUGCUGAGUAAGUGUAGUUUUUUGCCAACUGAAUUAGAUGUGACAUGCCAGUCAUUUUGGCACUGCAAUGAUUUUGAUACAACACAGAAAAGGUGUUAUUUUUGUUUCCAAUGUGCUGCCCUUGUAAGGAAAUUGUGAAUACCAAUUUUGCCAUUUUUAUCAUGGUUUUGGAUUAGUGCUUUAGAUUGUAUUAUAAUUCCACAUUGACAAGUCAGCGGCAUUUCAAAGGGCUUGGUGUAUAUUGAAUAUUUUCAUGCAAAAAUUUACUAUGGGGAAUUUUUUUAAUCCCGAAAUGUUGAUAUUUUGUCAGUCUUUAUUGCUUCUUUAUAUCGGUGUAUCUCUCUGUUGAUCUUUCUGUCAGUUGCCUGUUAAUUUUUGGGUUGUCAAGAGAUUUCGUUAUAAAUAUCUUAUAAAAUGAGGAUUAAUUUUAUUUGUGCAUACUAAGGUACCCUCAAGAAUCCACUGGUUUGUAAUAUGUUUCCUCCAGUAAGCAUGUAUACAUUGUAGAUUUAUUAUUGAUACUGUAAUUGCAAAUAGUGAAACAAUCCUGAACAUUUUUCUGCUACUGACCUGUAUAAAAAAAACGUGAUGUACAAAAGAAAGAUGUAAAUUCCCGAGUAAAGUAUAAAACAAAUAAUGUAAAAAGACUUCCUGCUGGAAAUACAGGUUAUUGAUACAAUGUUAAUAGAACUAGAAUGAGGUCAUUCCGCCAUUAAAUAACUAUGAUUUUUGGUGCAGAAGUGUUCAGUUUUACCAGUUUUUUUUCUCUCUCUCUCUCUUUUCCUGGGAGGGAUAGAUCAUUGUAAGUUGCCAUUUCGACUAUGCAAUGCGUGUACUGCUGAUACAGGAUGUAACUUUUAUGUCACACGUGGAGAUGUGAACUACUGUUUGUAAUUGUCAGAUUCAAAAAAAUCUUAUAGCCAUCCUUUGUUUUCCAUGUCAGUGAUUUACGGACCCCAGAAUGUAGACAAGUUGUUCAGUUUGGUCAAGUAGCAUUUCUGUUCUAUCCAGUCUGUCAAGUGAUGUUGAAUUCCAAUUCAUGUUAAAAUGAAGAAACUCCAGAGACCAAAAUGCACAACACGUUUCUCGCGUUUCACAUGGAACAAAUGAACAAAAAAGGCAUUGUUUAUAUUGUAAUGAGCAUUAGUUUCUCCCUUUGAGCACCUACAAUUUAACGGGACAUUUAAUGGUGGUGUGACCUCCUUACCCUUUCUGUAUCAAAGAGACAUUGUAAAUUUGUAGUUUUAUUCUUUCUCGUAAUUUUUUGCAGAAACUUGAGUUGCAACAUGUUUAUAGGGUCAUCCCCAUUUUUCUACAGAAACAGCAACAUUGUAUAAUAAGUCCCAGCCCGGAGGGAUGCAUUCUGUCUGAAUGCAUACCCGGGCAGUCCGUCAUCUUUCACUAGUUGGAUUCCCUUUACAAGAAAAAAAAAUAUUUUGCGGCUGUUUAAGACAGGAUUUUAUCCAAAUAAGUGUCCAGUUGGUGGAAUCCUUCUUGUUGGGCCUUUCACUAAAAAGAAACAAAUUACAUUUCUCGAAAUACUUCAAAAUAGUGCCUUGAGCUAUAAAAAUAAUUCUUUGUAAUAACAAUACAGUUGAGUUGCAUUUGUAAUCCUCUGCAUUGUACAUGGUGUAAGAAAUUUAAAAAAAGAAUAAAAUCAUAGCGCAUUUUUGGCGGAAUUUUUGGUAAACGACAUUUCUUUUUCUUUUCCUUUGAAUGAUCACUUUUUCUAACAGUGUAACCAGAUUUAUAGUUGCUUGUGCGGUAGAAUAAGUCCUUUGUAUGUCAUAUGAAAACAACCGACCUGAGUGUUAGUGGCAUGCCCUGUAUGAGCAAGGCUGCCUAGUCUUUCUUUUUUUUUUGAAGGUUUUUGGUUUUCACUACAGAGUGACACUAAAUGUCCAAUGAUUUCUGGCAGCGUUUGUGGAAUGUCUCUAAGGUCAUUGCACGUUCAAUUACGAGGUGCCCCGGCAGGUGGCCAGUCAGUUUACUCCUUGUCUAUACCAGUGAUCUAUCUCUCGCCCUCAGAGAUGGUCUACUUCCUUUUCUUGUCUUCUGCCGACCACGGUUACUCCCUUGCUCAACGCAAAUUAUGCACAGAGUUACAUAUAUUACAAUGUUGCAAAUCAAAAUGAAAAUACUACUUUGUAAUAUCCUGUAUCUAUGUCGUUCACUGGACCUGCACAUUUUUGAAGACAACCAACCUCAUUUUCGUAUAGAAAUCAUUGGUGUACAGUGAUGUAUUAUCGCGUUGAAACCAAGUAAAAAUACAUGAAAUAGACGUUUGUAAUCAAAGUAUGAACAUAGUAUAUGAAUAACGGUAAAUAAAUUGUAAAUGCUUACUCCAUCCCAAGGUAUUAUAAAUAGGCCAAUGUGCCAAAAUUUGUUAAAUAACCAUUUUGUCUGUGUAUACAUGUGCCGUAAAUGCGAUAAUUUAUUUCAUGUUUGAUAAAUUUCUUUUCUUCGGCUUUUUGUUUUUCUUUUGGGAGAUAAAUGAUUCAACAUGGCUGUUGUAGAUUUGUAUAAUUAAUGUAAUAUUUUCGUUUCGCCGUGCGGCAAGGUGUUUUCGCUUGUACUUUACAGUUUUAUUUUAGUUUCACAUUGCAGAGCAGAGUUAAGCCACUCUUAGAGAUUAUGGAACCUUUUAUCCUGUUCAUUUUUAUAGUGAUUUUCAGUAUUGUAUUCAAAUGCAACCUAUGUUGACGUGAUGCCAAGGCCAGAACAGUAUGAAAGGACAGUGAUUGGUCGUUCGUUGUAAACCUCGUGAUGUCAUCACGAGACGUUUAUAGUCAGAAACUUAGUGUGCAAAGGACGUGUGUAUGCUGCGCAGCCCGUCCAUUGAGCAGAGGCGUUUGUAAAGAGUUUAGAAAAGUUGUAUUAAAAAGCUGAUAAAGUCGUAAUUGCCUAGCUAUGCGCAUUUUCGAUGUACUUCUAGAACCGCUUCAGUGUUUAACAAGCAAGAAAACUCCCAUCCGUGAUAGGUUUUACUUAUUUACUCGAAUAAAUUUCCCGCUUUUGCAAAUGUGA